ACUUGAUUCCAGCAUCUUGCUAACCUUAAACGUCACCUAAGCUCCCAAGGUCAUCCUAGACCUAUCCAGGUCCCGAUUGCCCGAUUGUGCGAGGUCGUACAUGCUACCAACCUAGUAGCAAAAGCAACAGGAGCGUCACAACAUACUACUCUCGGUUGCAAUUGAGCCAGUGCUGUUCAAGCAUUCCCUAAGGCUGGCAGCUGCCUUUGUUAAUAACUAACAUCCAUCGUCUCAUCAACUUUUCCUUCGCGCGCAUCUUACUCUUAACUUUUUUUUUCUCUUCUAUUCUCUCACAACGACAAGUCUCGAUCUUAAGCGCCAGUCUAACUUCCCAUUCCAUAUUGCAUUGCCUACUAUCCAUUACAUCAUAUGCAUCGGCCAAGAGAUCACCCCAGACUGUGACUUGGGUAGCUAGGUGUUCACGAUGGCAGUAGCCCGAGAUACCUACAAUCGUCGGUCGCUUGGGCCGACGCUGAAUACAAAUGUCAAGGAGGCCCGAGUCCUCAUGGUCGGUGCUGGUGGCAUCGGCUGCGAACUGUUAAAAGACCUCGCUAAGACAGGUUUCGGUGAAGUGCACAUCGUUGACCUCGACACCAUCGAUUUGAGUAACCUGAAUCGCCAAUUCCUCUUCCGACAGGAGCACAUCGGAAAGUCGAAAGCCUUGGUGGCCAAAGAGAUAGCUGGAGGAUUUAAUCCGAAUGUCAAUAUCGUCGCACACCAUGCAAACAUCAAGGACUCGCAAUUUCACGUCGAGUGGUUUAGAAGCUUCAAGCUAGUCUUCAACGCGUUGGACAACCUCGAGGCGCGACGUCAUGUGAACAGAAUGUGCUUAGCUGCCGACGUUCCCUUGAUCGAGAGCGGUACCACAGGAUUCAACGGACAAGUCCAAGUCAUCAAGAAAGGUGUUACAGCCUGUUACGACUGUACUACCAAGGAGGCGCCCAAGUCCUUCCCUGUCUGCACGAUUCGAAGCACACCAAGUCAACCUAUUCAUUGCAUAGUCUGGAGCAAGAGUUACCUUCUCAACGAAAUCUUUGGCACGAGUGAGGAUCAAGCAACCCUCGAUGUCAGCGAGAACGAGGACAAUGCGACGGAAAUCGCGGAAUUGAAAAAGGAGGCCGAGGCGUUAAGGAUGAUUAGAGAGUCGGUUGGCACAGAACACUUCUCUCAAAUGUUAUUCGACAAGGUUUUCAAUGCAGAUAUCAACCGUUUGUGCUCUAUGAAGGAUAUGUGGAAGUCAAGAGAACCACCUAAGCCUAUUGAAUACAAGACAUUGGCGGGCCAAGCAUCCGAAGUCAUCGCAUCCAAGGAUAAGGUCCUCAAGGAUGGGCAGCGUGUAUGGACUCUAGAGGAGAAUCUGGCGGUCUUUAACGACAGCUUAGACCGCCUAAGUAAGCGAAUGUUGAAGCUGUUAGCGGCGCGUGGAGAAGGCGAACCAAAGCCCACUAUCAAUUUUGAUAAGGAUGAUGAGGACACUCUUGACUUUGUCGCUGCAAGCGCAAAUAUUCGAUCGCACAUCUUCGGAAUCGAGGGCAAGUCACGUUUCGACAUCAAGCAGAUGGCUGGUAACAUUAUACCAGCCAUCGCAACCACCAAUGCGAUCGUGGCUGGCCUUUGCGUUCUCCAAUCUUUCAAAGUUCUCCGAGGAGAAUAUGACAAAGCACGAGAAGUCUUCUUAACACCAUUUGCUGCUCAAAGAUUGCUAGGAACAGACCGCCCCCGCCCGCCCAAUCCAGACUGCCCAGUCUGCGGCUGCUACAACACCACCGUCAAAGUAGAUCUAUCGAGGGCAACACUCAACGAUCUAGUAGAGGAUAUCGUCAAAGUACAGCUAGGUUAUGGCGAGAAGGAGUUCGCAAUUAACAGUGAUGCCGGUCUAGUUUAUGAUCCGGAUCUGACAGAUAACCUUGAAAAGACGCUCGGUGAACUUGGCAUCAAGCAAAAUGGUUUCAUUACCAUCGUCGAUGAAGAUGACGAGGACCCUUUUAUUAACGUGGUCAUUAACAUUCAAGAAGCUGAACUCGCUGAUAAGCCUAUUAAGGGCCUUCAGGAAGACCAAGUCCCGACUAUCCCUCGCAAGCCGAAGAAGGCUUUGCCUGUAGAGAGCAACGGGGUUAGUCAGACUAAUGGCAAACGCUCUGCUGACGGAGAGAUAUCAGCAAAAGACCCCAAGAAGCGUCUAAGAGCAGAUGAUGGAGGGUCAUCAACGGCCAAAAAGGCCAAGAAUGGCAACCACGACGACGUGGUCGUCAUUGAUGAUGACGUUGGCACCGGAGCUAUCGAGAUUCUCGACGACUGAACGCUUAUUACCCCUGUUCGAGUAAAUUAUGCAUAGCCUACGUCGCACUCAGACCUCCAUCAAUGUUGAGGACGCAGUUAUGUGCGUAGGAAGAUUUGGCUAGGAAUAAUGCGGCUUCCGCCACCUCUUCGGCCAAUCCUAGGCGCCCCAUUGGGAUUAAGGCCGAAAGCUCGCCGUUUUCAUCCAUGCCUUUCGUCAUAUCGGUCUGGAUAUAUCCAGGAAGGAGGACAUUCGCACGAAUGCCAAAUCUACCCACCUCCCAGGCCAUCGCCCGCGUUAG